GUCUGAUGAGGAGGUCUGCUGCAUCAGUGAUGUUAUAGACACUCUCACCCAAGACAUUCCAUCUGCUCUCACUCCUGCUGUUCCCAACAAGACUGUGGACUUAUUUGAGAUGAUUGAAAAAAUGCAGGUGGCCAAAUUAUGGAUGUGAAGAAAAUGCAAGAUUUGGGUGAGACCGUAAAGGGGAGCCGACUGGAUGAACAAAGAUGUUCCCUACCAGCUCCUCUCAAGACAGAAGAGGAGUAUAUUCCUUACCCCAGCAUUCACGAGGUGUUACAGAAAGGGUGGCCAUAUCCUCUCAUUAUCUUACCCCAGUUUGGGGGCUACUGGAUUGAAGGGACCAGCCACAGCCUUUCCAGCUUGAAUCCAACUCUGUCUGACAUACCAUUACCCUGGAGUGGUAAAGUGAAGCUGGAGAGCGACCCUACAGCCAAGCUGUACCGCAAGCAUUUCCUGGGGAAGGAGCACCAAAACUUUUACUCCAGUGACACAUCCUUGGGCUACCUGGUACUUUCUGUGAAAUAUGAACAGAUUGAGAAACAAGAAAACCUACGCCUGUUACUCAGGACACGGACUGGCACCAGACAUGAUCUCAUCCCCAUUUCCUGUCUGAAUGAGUUUCCCAAUGCUGUCCAAAUGGCAAAGCUACUGUGUGAGGAUGUGAAUGUUGAACGAUUCUUUCCUGUCCUCUAUCCCAAGGCUUCACAGCUUAUUGUGGCAUUUGAUGAACAUGUCAUAAGCAAUAACUUCAAAUUUGGGGUCAUCUAUCAGAAACCUGGACAGAUAACUGAAGAAGAAGUCUUCAGUAACACAGAAGAGAGUCUGGGCUUCCUGGAGUUCCUGGAUUUCCUUGGUGACAGGAUUCAGCUGCAAGAUUUUCGUGGGUUCCGGGGAGGCUUGGAUGUCACUAGGGGUCAAACAGGCACUGAAUCGGUCUAUACAAAUUUCCGGGGCAAGGAGAUCAUGUUUCAUGUGUCUACAAAGCUGCCCUUCACUGAGGGAGAUUCCCAGCAGCUUCAGCGGAAGCGUCACAUUGGGAAUGACAUUGUAGCCAUCAUCUUCCAGGAUGAAAACACACCUUUUGUUCCUGAUAUGAUUGCUUCUAAUUUCUUACAUGCUUAUGUGGUAAUUCAGCUCGCUCACAGCACCAGUGGGGAGACUCUCUACAAGGUUUCAGUCACAGCCCGAGAUGACGUCCCCUUCUUUGGGCCCUCUCUUCCAAAUCCAGCCAUAUUUAGGAAGAGUGUGGAGUUUCGUGAAUUCCUCCUGGCCAAGCUCAUCAAUGCUGAGUAUAGCUGCUACCGAUCAGAAAAAUUUGCUAAAUUAGAGGAGAGAACCCGGAGUGCCCUCUUGGAGAGCCUUUUUGAGGAGCUGCAGCUUCACAGCCGCAGUAUGAUGGGCUUGCCUGUAGGGGAGGAUGACAAGAUGGAGAAUGGCAGUGGGGGUUUCUUUGAGAAUUUCAAGCGAGUGAUCAGAGGCCGCAGCCAGAGCCUGGAUACCACGGGGAUAUCCAUGAGAAAACAACAGCCAGCUACCCUGCCCAGCUGCCCAACUACAGCUGGUCUUGCCCUCAGCCAGAGUGUCGCCGAGGGCCCUAAGUCCAUUGCCGCGUCUUUUGCCAUGCCUGGUAGGAGCCCAUCACGCACUCGAGCCAGCCGCUUCCAUGGGCGACGAAGUAGUGCCAUUGGCAUUGAGAACAUACAGGAGGAAAAGAGCAGGGACACUGCAGAGAGGAUACAAAAGGUGCUGGACAGUCCAGGAACAUUCUUUGACCUGAAGUCUGACGGAUCAUCUAGUCCCAGCUCCCCGGAGUUCCCCAGCAGGAAGAGCAAACACAUCUGAGUGGGGACAUCAGCCCAAUCAGGAGUGGACCGGAUGCUACUCAGUCAUUGGUUACCUCACUGAAGAUACCGACAAGAUUUUUGGGUUGCAAUGAGAGCCAUGGCUAAGAGGAGCAUGAACUUGCUUAGAGGACCUCAAGGACUGUGCAGAGACCAAGUGGCACGACAUAAUGCUCCACUGGCAGUUCCUGGAGCAGGAAUCCUGGGAAAGGGAGAUGGACAGACAGCUCCUUUUGGAGAAUUUUGGCUCUAGGCCUUUCCCAUUGCCCAAUCAGCAGUCACUGAACCAGCUUCUACUAAUGACUGGGGGGAAGAGGUCACCUUGAGUGCUCCCCUUCUCUUCUUUUCCCCUCAGAGGAGCGAAAAGAGAACACCUUGGCCUUCAAAAGGAAGGAGCAGAAAAACACCUUGCUUUCUCUGUCUUUAGUGCCUUUGGAUGACAUAGGUCAGGAAAUGCAGUGCAGAGAAUGAGGAUGGAGAAAUCUGCUGAGGAAAGAUGCUGAGAAGCAGACACUUCAUGGAAAUUUAGGUUCCAGCUCACUUAAAUUCAUGUUAUUGAUUUGCUCUGCUAAGGGAGAAGCAUGUUGGCCUUCAUUUUCUCUGAAAUAUAUUUCCUAAUCUCCUCAGGAAGUAUCUUUGGCCUAUAUUGGCCCUGCCUUUAAUGUUCUCCCUAAUGCAUGCUGGCAUGUAAUAUGCCUGGGACUUUAGGUUUCAUAACUGCUUGUAGGUCAAGACUGGCCAUAUUUUGCAAUGUUUCUGAAGGAAUAAAUACAUUUAGUAUGUUAAA